AUGGGCCUGGGCUUUGGAAGCAAAUCUGCUGUGCCAAAGGCUAACCACUAUACCUCCUGGCCCCCUGGCAGCACCCCAGAGCCCCAGGACCCUGGGCCACAGAGCUGGGAAUCAGUUGAUUCUUGCACACUCCUGGUGCUCAUCCAGCAAGAGUGGUGCUGGCUUUCUUCUUCCUUCACUGGCCUGCCAGGUGAGGACUCCAUCAGCACACUGGGCCUGAUCCUCGGCGUGGGACUCUCGCUGCUGCUUGUGUCCAUCCUGGGCUACAGCCUGGCCAAGUGGUACCAGCGUGGGUACUGCUGGGAGGGGCCUAAUUUUGUCUUCAACUUGUACCAGAUCCGGAACCUGAAGGAGCUGGAGGUGGGUCCACCUUUCACCAUCAGUGGCCAUGUCAGCAGUUCGGAUGGUGGCUACAUGAAGUUCUCCGACAGGCUAGUCUGA